CCUGGGCUGAGCGGAGAAUAUUCUCUUACAGUGAAAAGGUUCUCGGAAGGAUGCUGAUAGAAGAUACGGUAGGACUGUCCGUGUCCCACCAUCAUGUACUGGAAUGGAUGGACGGAUGUAUGGAUGCACUGUGAACAGAGGACAGCAGCUUGCGAAGGCGCGGACUUGCGGAGAUGGUCCUCAUGCGGCAGCCGUAGUAGUCGGUCGGGCUUUCUCUCCUAGGGCUUUCUCUCGUUAGACUGCUUUGCCUUCUUUUCUAGCUCUGCGUAUGAGUGAGUUGAGCCGUGUGGAGUUUUAGAGGAUUGCAGUAGUCGCUUCGCUUCGACCCUUCUCCUCGUCCGGUGUCGCACAUGUAGAGUUCAGUUUCUUUUCUUGCAUCGAUCUAUGACCAAUUACUGGACUGCAAUACCCUCGACCUGAGCUUGACUGGUAAUCGUUGAAGACUUUUGGACGCGGGACCCGAAGCUCGCACGACAUUUUUUCGUUUAUUCCGAAAGUCGUCAUAGGGCUGUUAAAAGGCCGCGCGCCAAUGGAUUUUGACGAGUAUGAUUACUUAGAGAAAACGGUGGAGAACCCCGAGGGACUGAAAGAGUCCAACGGGGAUGGAACCAGAGCGGACGAUGAGAGAGACCGCAGUAGGAGUUCUAAGAGGCGUAGUGAGGAUGAUGGACAUGGUCACGACCAUAGAAGCAAGAGGACCCGUGCCGAAGAGGAGGAACGUGAGAGGAGCGAGAAGGAGCGUGGAGGGGACCGAGACAGAGGGGACAGAGAUCGAGGUGACAGGGAUAGAACCCGCAGUAGGGUGUCGGUACACAGAUCACCUGAACAUCGGCCUCGAGAUCGGGAAAGGGGAGCGGAGAAAGAGCGCGAGAGGGGUGAAAGAGGUGAGAAAGAGAAGUCUGACCGCGAUCGCGACAGAGGAGGGAGAGGUGAAAGACGGGAGAAAGAUAGGGACAGGGAAGAUAGAGGCGAUAAGGACCGCGAGAGAGAGCGGAGCGAGAGGAGCGACAAGGAGAAAGAAAGAGGCGAGAAAGAACGCGACAGGGAGCGCGUGCGUGACAAAGACAGAGACGGUGAGAAGGACAGGGACAGAGAACGCGAAAGGUCACGAGCCAAGAGCAAGGAGGUUGAUCGCCAUCGCGAUAAGGAAAAAGAUCGGGAACGGGAGAAAGAAAGAGAGGCACACAAGGAGAAGGAGAGGGAGCGAGAGAGGGAAAGUCACCGGGAGAGGGAUCGCGAGCGAGAGCACCGCAGGUCAAGGGAGGCUAAGGACAGGAAAGAAGAUCCUGCUUUGGCUGAACCGGAAGCGGACCCAGAACGCGAUCAGCGAACUGUUUUCGCGUAUCAGAUCUGUCUGAAGGCCGACGAACGGGAUGUCUACGAGUUCUUCUCCAGAGCUGGGAAGGUGCGAGACGUGCGUCUUAUUAUGGAUCGAAACUCAAGGAGGUCCAAGGGCGUAGGGUACAUUGAGUUUUAUGACGCUAUGUCUGUGCCCAUGGCGAUAGCACUGUCCGGUCAACUCCUCUUAGGCCAGCCUGUCAUGGUAAAGCCUUCCGAGGCUGAGAAAAACCUGGUUCAAUCAACAACCACUGUGGCGGGAGGUGCUGGUGGUUACAUUGGUCCUUACUCAGGAGGUGCUCGACGGUUGUAUGUCGGAAACUUACACUUCAAUAUGACUGAGGAUCAACUGCGCCAGGUGUUCGAGCCUUUUGGACCCGUAGAGCUCGUGCAACUUCCUACUGAUCCUGAAACUGGCCAGUGCAAAGGCUUUGGAUUUGUUCAGUAUGCCAGAUUGGAAGAUGCGCGUGCUGCGCAGCAGAAUUUGAAUGGAGUGUUGGAGCUAGCUGGCCGCCCAAUAAAGGUCAUUGAUGUAUCUGCUGUGUCGGAUCAAAUUGGAAUGCAGGACAUCGGUGUAAAUCCAGGGGAGCUGGAUGAUGACGAAGGUGGUGGUCUGUCUCUCAAUGCCCGCUCACGGGCUUUGCUGAUGCAAAAGCUGGAUCGUAGUGGAACUGCUACCAGUGUUGCAGCCUCUGUGCCUACUCCAUUAGCUGCGCCUGCUUUGGGACUUCUUGGUGCUGCGGUGCCCGGUGUUGCGGCAGCAGUCGCACCUUUGGUGGCAAAUCCCUUACUUGCGGCACAAGUUCCUCUACCCGGGAUGGCUCUUGCUGGCUUGACUAGUCCUGGCCUCGGUGCCCCAGCAUUAAGUGCAACACCUGUAGAGCCAAUCGGGGUUCCAAGCGAAUUCUUGCUGUUGAAAUAUAUGUUCGACCCCAAGAUCGAGACGGAUCCAGACUUCGAUCUUGAUAUUAAGGAAGAUGUGCAAGACGAGUGUUCCAAGUUUGGUCAAGUGAAGCACAUUUUCGUUGACAAGAAUAGUGCUGGAUAUGUGUACUUGCGCUUUGAUUCCACGCAAGCGGCUAUAAGUGCUCAACGGGCUCUGCAUGGAAGGUGGUUUGCUGGGAAAAUGAUCACAGCCACUUUCAUGACCAUUUUGGCUUACGAGACCAAGUUUCCAGACAGUAAAUGACCGAAUUUGAGGCAAGAAAUGUAGAGUGAGGAUCUCACUACAGAGGAUGGGAAUCCAGUCGGCAGUCAAUAUUACUGAAAUACAUACACUGGCUCUCCUCGGCUUGUUUUCACCGGUAAGUAAAGUCAAGAUAUCAAGCAAGAUGAGUAGCAAGCAGCAUUUUGGUUCGGAUAGCAGCUCUACGCAAUUGUAGAUGUGGUACGGUAUCCAGCCGAACUUACCAAACCUGAGUUUUUAGGUAGGGUAGAGUAAGUUUUAGUUUAAGAGCUCGAGUCGGGAGUUGAGCACCAUUUGCUCUGAUUGCUGAAUCUCUUUGGUGAAGAGUUGUCUCAGAUGAUGCACAGCCGACAGAGCCGUUUUCCAUGGCGUCGGUAUAUGCCUUUAAAGAAAUGCAUAUUGGUGGGUACAUGUCAUAUACAUUGACCCAUGUUCAUUUCGGAGUGUGAAUGAAUGGGUGCACUACUCUAGAGUGCCGAGUGACUUGAUUGUUAACCUGCCUAACUUAGGCUGGUGCUGACAUCUCAGCGUACAUGAUUCG